AUGGAAGCAGUAAAACCGAAGAAGCCGAAACCGAAAGAACCGAAAGAGCGUGUUCCGGCUCGUGAAGCCCCACCCGUUCCGUCACGGCCUGCCGUGGUUAUGGGAAUGAGGUUGCCGGAUGUUCCACAACAUGAACCCUGCAGAGCCAGCACUCCUGAGCCGGAAGAAGUUGUUUUAUCGGAAGAUGAGCAGCCAUCUACGACAAUGGUUGCAGAAGCAGUUGAUGUUCCUUCUUCGAGCGAAGUUGUUUCUAGUGAAAUAGCUAUUGAAUCUGAGGAGAGCACCCCAAUUGUGGAGGCGGCUUCAUCCUUGCCAGCACAAGUAGCUGUUUUUGAUCCUGUCUGUUAUCCAACUAUUCCACAACUUUCUGAAAGCACUAUGAGCUCUACGUACACGACAACAGUAGCGCCUCCUCCUCUUUAUGAGGAGCUUUCGAGAGGAAUCAUGGAGAAAAGCGCAUCCAUAGCUUCACAAGUUGCCGAUGCACCUCCUCUGUAUCCGUCUUUGACGAAAACACACUACGAGAAAGAUAGCUAUGGGCUGCUCACUGAACAGAAUUUGCUGGCUUUUUACCAUAAUCCGCUCUAUAUGAUGAGCGAAGAGUUCGCCGACAAGUUCGUCCAGAACAAUUUGACAUCUUCUGGCCCACUCUUUCCCCUUCUGAAACGAUUGAAAAAACUUUGCGAACAAAUGUCGAUAAGUGAAGUCAGUGAAAAGGAGAACACUGAAAGCCUGUGCAAGUGCUUGCGCGAUUGUUGGGUAAUGCAACAGCAAACAUUCGAGACCAAAGGUAAAUGUGGUGAGAAUAAGGAAGCUUCUGGAACUGGUCGGUAUCAUAAAUCAGUGUUAUGCAUGGAGAAAGUAGAAGAAUUGAAGAAUUUGCUCGCUGCCAACCGAACUCAUUUGUUGGAUGAGCGUAUCUGCCAAGAAUCACAAUUUCGAGCAACUGCUCUUCAAAUUCAAUGGGUCGUAAUAUCCAUCAAUCAGCAAUUUAUGGAAGAAAACGGAUUAUCUCUCCAGUGCCCACCCACUUUGUUGGAGAAUGCUGUCAUUUCUAAUGGAAGAGUUCUAUUGUUGAAUGCCCUGUCGGACGUUUUUUUCCAUCUGAGAUUCCCAUCAUUAGCCAAGCGCUUCACUGAUGCAUUGACUGGUUGGGCGAAAGAACUGAUAUGCAUAUUGUAUAUGCUGUGCAGAUGCGAAGAUGCGCAGUUCGUUCUGAAUCACCUCCUCCGCCUUCCCUCUCCGAUCAUAGAAUGGGCGGCUCCGUUGGUACAAACAUUUAUUCAGGCUCCAUCGCCACCGAAAGUCAAGGUCGACUAUUGUGUUACUAUGCUCUCUCACCUGAUGAAUCCUAUUUCUGCCCGUGAGACGUUUCUGCGUCAAAUAGCUCUGUCAGAAACGGAAGACUCAACCUGGGCUAUUUUGAGUGGGGAUGAGGAGGAGGGUGACUUUUCCUUGGUCACGAUCAAUGAGGCCGAUCUCACUGGGCUCCUCGACCAGUUGCCUAUAUCGGAGCUCUACUCUUUAGCUUACCUUUACUUCUCCAGUUCAACAUCCGAUAAAGGCGAUCAGUUUGUCUCUCUGAUUGCAUUUCAACUCUUAUUGAUGAAGGUGCUUGAUACUGGGCUAUCUACGUACUGCGCGCCAACGUACAAGUCAUUUUGCAAGCAAAUUGGAAACAAUUUAAGACAAAGCGUUCGUGAGUUAUGUAGCCACUGGACCAUUACACGAAAUUUGCUGCGAGCUGGAGAAGACAGUCAGCUGCAAAAGGAGGUCGACCGCAUAGUGCUUCUUGCUUUGCAGUAUAUCACUUCCAGACCAGGAUUUGGAUUGUGGCAAUUCCUCGUUGAUCUGCCGUACGACUGUGUUUCUGAGGAAUGUCGCUGCCGUUGCGAAUACUUUCUGCGAUCUACCGAACAAGUGAAAGUGUGUGAAAUAUACGACGUGCCGAUUUCUGAAGUGAUAGCACGAAAUAAAACAGGUGGUAUGAAGGAGCGGGCCGAAGCAGUAGGUCCUCAGGAUGCUGUCUUCUUGAUCAACACACUUGCUGCUCUUUCCUCCUAUUCUCACAAUGAUGCCUCGCAUCUGCUGAAGGAAAUCAUAGAGGUUUGUUUUUGUGAUGAAUCUUCCCGGGAAAGUUUAUACAAGGUCGGCAGUGAAGCGAUUUCGUUGCUCAUCGCUAGGCGACCAUCCUCUUUCGAUCAGCUGCUGACCAUGCUUGAUCGAAGUAUGUCGCAUAUGGAUAACUAUGCUAUCGAUGUUUUGGCAUCUUCAAACUUAUCUGGAUGCAAGCUUUCGCCGGCUAUGUUGAGUAUCCUGGGAAAAUGGCUCAUAAAUAAGCCGCCUGACGAUGCAGCUAACCGUAUGGCACGUCGCAUUUUAUCCAGUCUUCACUGGGGCCCUAACGAAUCCGGCGAUCAGCUUUGGUUAGAUCCAGCUGUGCAUGAGAUAUCUGCAGAUACAGUGAUGAAGGCACAUUCAAUCCACUGCGGACACUCUAAUGGCAUGAUAGCUAAGUCUAUUCGACAAAUUUCUAAAUUGGCUAGUCGCAUGGCUGAUCAUGAGCAGCUCUUCAAUCAGUUUUGUUGGGAUAUUUUGAUCAAAGUAAAGCUGAAUCCGAAGCAAAACGACAUUACACCUCAGAAUGAUCUAUCCGCGUUUUUCAUCUUUAUUGACCAGAGCUGCCUUGAAAGUCCCUCUGUGUUUCUGGAGAGAGGUGUGCCGCUUAUGAAUGACCUGGUUGCGGCAGGAUGUUCAACUGCUUGCGUCGUUCUUUUGGCUAGGCUCAUGCAGAAACACUACUCGAAAGUAUACUCUUUUGGCUCGCACAAAGGGUUUAUGGAGUUAUUUGAUCGUAUCCUACACGUUGACCAAUGCUCCUACGCAGUUCAAUGGAUAACUGGUCCAUCAUCAAAGCCUACACCUAUCGUACGGCUCAUUUGCUCUUCGUUAUCGUACUAUUCAAAACACGUGCUUGAUACCGGCGAGUAUUUGCGAGCUUGGAUCAAUCUUCUUUGUGUUCGAAGACCGACACUAUGGAUUAAUGACAAUGCAACUCUUCAAGUUCUCGGCUCAAUCACCCACAUCACGUUCAUUAACGACCCCGUUAAUCUUCUCGGAAUUCCAGACAUAGUCUACAAUCUCUAUCAGCAAAUGCUCACAUCGUGGCGUGAGAGCUCGCGUGGAAUUUUGUCGAUGUUUACUGCAGAACAAGCACCACCUCCUCUGAUAGCUAGUAAUAUGUAUGCGGUUUCGCCAUGGGCCUCGUACCUCCUUCUCCUUGUGGAAAGCAAGAGUUAUCCAGUGUUCUAUCAACAUUUAUACGAAACAUUGGUCAAGAAAGACAAGACUACUGUAGAGCAAGCUGCAAAGGUUGGCAAGAAAAGUCCUAUCCAUUCUAUCCUCUACUUUUACGUAAACGCCGAAAUAACAAGGUUUAUUCAGAAAGCAUCGGCUAAAUCAUCUAUCCUUUUGCCUUUGCCAAGGAUUGCUGUGUAUCGAUGGGCAGAAUUUGUCACUGUAUGCUCGGAAAGUACCGUUUUUCCUCUGGCAUUGCAACGCCUGGCCACAGAGGCAUACCGUUUGAAAACCGUGAAUGGGUGA